UCUCCAGAGAGCUCUACUGUUGAAACGUAACCCCCACCACCUACUACUUACAUACUAAGACUGCCCAGCAGUGUAUCAAUGAAUGAAUUGAAUGAAUGACCACAAGAAAGAGUGGGAAUGGGAGGGGAAUAGAUGAGAAGUCUGUUACACUCUCUCUCUGUCUCUCAAUUCCAGCUAGCUUUUGCCAUAUCCAUGCCAUGUGUGACUUAUUAGUUCGUUGAAACGUGACAGUGACAGUUCAUCCAGUCAUUUGUGAUAAGUUACUAUGGGUUUUCAUUUAUAGAAACGUUUUGCCUUGUUUAUUCUAGACAAUCCUUGUUAGUGAAUAAUACUUUUUCUAUUCUAUUCCUAUUGACUUCGAAUUACGUGAAAUGUUAUAAAAAUGUUGAAGUGCAUGCGACCAAAUUAUUUAUCAUAAAAAAUGGACGAAACGCCAAAGCCUCAUCAAAGUCGCCGACGCUUUAGACACAAAAGUGGACGCAGAUUGAAACUUAGCGCGAAACCGCUUAAACGAAGAGGAACAGCGUUAAUUCAAUACUGGGCUUCCAAAAGGGGCAGAGGCAGAAGUGAAGCUCAGACCGAAGAGUAUAAUGACUCCGAAAAUUCUACGAUAAAUACGGCCUCUGACGCAGAUUUCGUCGCUGAAGAAAGCAAUGUCUGUAACACUUGUCCAGAAAACAAAGACGUUUACGACACUCAUACAGAAAUAAUUGCAGAAGAAAGAAAAAGAACAGAAAGCAGCAUCACCAAAUUAGAAGGUAGACGAAUAGUGGACAUCAAUUCGUUUAUUGUGCAAAUUCAACAAAUCGAUGACCACUUACCAUUUCAUUGCGGUUUUAAAGAUAUGGUAGUAGUGAAAGAACGAAGAAUAGGAUUAAAUUCGUGUAUAACAUUGAAGUGUAAAAUGUGCAAUGAAAAGAAAUCACUGUGGACAAAUUUUUCAAACGAAAACACCAUGGAUGUGAAUACAUCAGCAGUUUCCGGUACAAUCAGCACAGGAGGAGGACAUGCACAGCUGGAAGAGGUUAUGUCAAAGGUCGCCAAAGGGGACAGAAGUUGUUACUGUAUACAAAGAUGAGCAGUUCUGGAGUUCGAAGAUUCUUGAACAAGUGAAAAAAUUUUAUAUGGACUGUGUAUUGCCGGAGCUUGUUGAUCCUCGACACACGCGUUCAAUGCCAAUUCGAAAUCCAGAUUGGAUUAUUGAGGCGCAAGAAGCACGUAAGAAGAAAUAAUGAUGACACAAACAUAACUGGAAAAUAAAAACAAAUAUUGUCACAUACCACUUAUUUAUUAUUAAAACUUACAUUAAAGUAUUAUUAAAGUAAUACUUUAUUAAAGUAAACUUACAUUAAAGUAAUGUACCUAGGUUUCAUAAUGGCCUAGGCUUACAUUACUUUAAUGUAAGUUUUAAUAAUAAAUAAGUGGUAUGUGACAAUAUUUGUUUUUAUUUUCCAUUAUGGAGAAAUACCACAACAUCUCCUCAAACACAAUCAAUUAUACAAACAUAACUAUUCUUCCUUUUCUCCUUUUAUAGUAGUAGUUAUGGUUUGUGUUCAAUUCUAUAUUUGUGUCUUCAAUUUUGCAAAAUUUCAAUAUUUUCAUUUUUAACAAAGUCAUUUUUCAUUGUUCAUUGCACCGGUAAGGGCAUUUGUGCAGAGAGAAAAAGAGAAAGAAACGAGUGAGAGCGAGGAGGAGAAUGAGAAGAUUUAGAACGGAAAGAGUGAGGAGAAGUGGAUGGAAAAGAGGGAGAAGAAGAAUAAGGGGAAAAGAAGGAGGAGAAGGUGAAGGAGGAAUGAGAAAAAGAU